GGGGAAAGCCGCGAGAGAAAACGGGCUCAAAUUUGUCGCCAGUAGCGGCCCACUUCCAACGGGCAAGCCUCGUUUGACAGCACCCCCCCUGGACAUCCCCAGACAUCAUUCCCAAACUCACUCCCCAUCAGACCUCCUAAAAAGAGCGAGGGAGAGGUCAUCCGUCCGUCCCUCUCUUCCGUCUGCGCUCAUACAUAUCUAGAUCAUCACGUCCCAUCAUACCCCAUAAUAUCGACUCCCACAAUGUCCUCCUCCUCACCAACGUCAACCCUCCGCCUCUACGCCAGCCUAGCAGUCUAUGCCGCCGCCGUCUUCCUCCCGGGCGCACUCGCGGUCCUGUCGCAGGUCCCGCCAAGUGCAAAGACGACUCGGAAGUGGAGGUUGAAUGUCAUGAUUUUGUCGAGUGUUAUGACAGAGAUGCCCCAAAUCUUCCUCCUCCUCAAACUCUUUAUCAUCAUCUUCGCCUCCGGCGCCGGGAUCUUUGACGCCUACCCCGCUGGCCACAGCGGAUCAUGGUGCUUCUGCCUGGGUUCGAUCGCCCACGCGCUGUACUAUCUUGAUGUAGCGGUGUGUCUGGGCAUCUGGGCGCUGUUUCUGCAGUCGUAUUUUGCGCGCUUUAUUGUGGAGGAGAAUACGAAGCAGUAUAGGGCUCUGGAUUCCAAUGAUCCGCCGGGGUUCUUUCACCUCGGAUUCUGGUUCCGUCUGCUCAACCCCUUCUGGAGCGCCAGGGGCGUGCUCGUCCACCCUGACAUCUGCUAUGCCACGAACGAGGAACUGAAGGCGUCGGACAACCCUGCCGCCGAACUGUACCUGUCCCUCGAUGUUCACAUGCACCCAAGCUACCCUCGAAACAGGCCCGUUCUGAUCUACAUCCACGGCGGCUCCUGGUCCACCGGCGACAAAACCAUCACCCCACCCUUCGUCUCCUACAUGGCGCUCAAACGCUGGGUCGUCGUCAGCGUCAACUACCGCCUCUACCCGCACUCCAAGUAUCCCACGCACCUCAUCGACGUUAAGCGCGCCAUCCGCUGGGUCCGCCAACAUAUCGCCCGCUACGGCGGCGACCCCUCCUUCAUCGCCAUCUCCGGCAACGCCGCGGGCGGCCACCUGGCCUCCAUGGCGGCGCUCACCCCUAACGACCCGCUUUACCAACCGGGCUUUGAGGACGUGGACACGACCGUGCAGGCCUGCGUGCUCACCAACGCCGUGGUGGAUCUCACCAACCAUAAGCGGUUCUGGCGGUACAGGUUCCAGGAAUGGUUCUCGCAGUACAUUGCGGGGUUCGGGAAGAAUGGGUAUGCUGCCCAUGAAGAGUUUUUGAAGGCUUCGAGCCCUGUCUUGCUGUUGAAGCAGAUCGAGGCGCUCAGGAGGAAAUCGGCGGGUGUCACCGCGCAGGUUACUGAGUCACAUGAGCCGGCACAUGGGGAGGGGUUGAAGGAGGCGAGGAUCAAAGCUGAGGCGCCGGUUGUGGCUGCUGCUGAGGUUGCUGGUGAGGAGGAAGCGGGAAAGAAGCCGAGGGCGAUGACGGGGGCGGAGGAGUUGCCGCCGUUCUUGAUCUUCCACGGCCGCGCCGACCACCUCGUCCCCUUCCGCUCCGUCCGCGAUUUCGUCCAAAGCUUCAAAAAGGUCUCCAAGUCACCUAUCUGCUACAUCGAGUUCCCGUGCGCAAACCACAUGUUCGACAUCCUCUCCUCCCCCCGUUCCCACUACAUGGCCUACGGCAUCGACCGCUUCCUUGGGCGAAUGUACGAGCGGCAUGGGACCAAACCGGCCCUGCAGGUGCCGUUGAGGAGGAAGCCGACUUUGAGGGCUCUCAAUGAGGGACGGUGAUGGGAUGCUUCACAUAUGAGAUGGACUGGGUGGAACAUCAUGACGGGCGCUUUUCUUAAUAAUAGUGUUGUAGACCCACCCUCCUUUUGUCGUUUGUUUAGUUUACAUUAGCCUUUGAUGGGUUUAGAGGCCUCAUUUUCGAAUCAUGGUAUACAUGUACGCAUGCAGAGAAUUGGCGGAUGGAGUUGUUGGCUCGUUCGUUCUUCUGAUCAGAGUUCUUCGCUAGU